GAACUUUCUUUUGUCUCCUCCUGCGACGGCGACGACCACACAGCCACCGCCUUCCCUCACCGACCCUUGACUUUUACCUAAUUGCUUUACUGAUCGAUCAUACCCUUUCCUUCUCUCUUCGCAUUAUUCUCCUAAAAGACGCAGACCUUUCCUCCGCCCGUCUACAGUAGACCAAGAUGGGUAAACCCAAAGGAGAUGCUGCAAGGAGCAAGUCUCGUCCUUCCAGCAGCAGCUUGGCAGCUUCUCUGUUACCGUCUGGCUCUGCAGCCGCCGCAGUAGGUUUUGGCGGUUAUGUUGGUAGCUCUAGAUUCGAAUCUUCUAUAUCGAACGAAGACUCUGCUCCCUUUUUGGAUUUGGAUAGUGAGAUGGCUCAACACUUGCAACGUCUUUCGAGGAAGGACCCUACAACGAAGAUUAAAGCUCUUGCUUCUUUGUCAGAACUUGUUAAGCAGAAGAAAGGGAAAGAACUUUUGCCAUUGAUACCACAAUGGACAUUUGAGUACAAGAAGUUGAUACUGGACUACAGUAGAGAUGUUCGACGAGCUACUCAUGAGGUCAUGACUAAUGUUGUCACUGGUGUCGGGAGAGACUUAGCACCUCAUCUCAAGUCUAUAAUGGGGCCCUGGUGGUUUUCACAGUUUGAUUUGGUUUCUGAAGUUUCUCAAGUAGCAAAGUCGUCUUUGCAGGCAGCUUUCCCUGCCCAGGAGAAGAGAUUGGACGCCUUGAAUCUGUGUUCAGCUGAGAUUUUUGCUUAUCUGGAGGAAAAUCUCAAACUUACACCUCAAAGCUUGUCUGAUAAAGCACUUGCGUCCGAUGAAUUAGAAGAAAUGUACCACCAGAUGAUAUCUUCAUCUCUGGUGUCGUUGGCUACACUUUUAGAUAUUUUGCUCCACGAACCCGAUAAAGCUGGCUCUGCAAGUAUCAAUACUGAAUCGAAACUUGCCUCGAAGGCUAGGAGAGUAGCAACGUCCUCAGCUGAGAAGUUGUUCUCUUCCCAUAAAUGCUUUCUGAACUUUCUAAAAUCUGAAAGCCCUAGUGUUCGGUCAGCGACGUAUUCUUUGUUGAGUAGCUUCAUCAAAAAUGUUCCAGAAGUGUUUAGUGAAGGCGACGUUAGAUGUCUUGCACCAGCUCUGCUUGGUGUUUUUCGAGAAAAUAAUCCAAUUUGUCACUCUUCAAUGUGGGAGGCUCUCUUGCUGUUUUCUAGAAAAUUUCCGAAGAGUUGGGGCUACUUAAAUGUUCAUAAAUCUGUUCUAAAUCACUUAUGGCAGUUUCUUAGGAACGGGUGCUUUGGAUCCCAAGUGGUUUCUUACCCUGCAUUGAUAUUGUUCCUGGAAGUUAUGCCGACCCAAUCUGUAGAAGCUGAUAAGUUCUUUGUGAAUUUUUUCAAUAACUUAUUGGCUGGGAGGAGUAUGUGUGAUUCCAGCGCGGAUCAAUUAUCACUCCUUCGUGCAACCACUGAAUGUUUCCUCUGGGGGUUACGUAAUGCUUCAAGGUAUUGUGAUGGUCCCAAGUCCAUCCAAGAUCUCCAAGUUGCUCUAAUUGAUAAAGUCCUUGUGAAGAUUCUAUGGGAGAAUUUCCUUGAACAAUCUCAGGGCAGCAUUCCACCUAUUCAGAGGAAGCCAGCUGAAACUCUGAGCAUGAAUAGUUCAGUAAGUUUUCUGCAAGAGCUAGGAAGAUGCAUCGUAGAGAUUCUUUCAGGAGUUAAUUUACUCAAACAGAACCUGCUGUCUUUUUUCUACAAAUCUGUUCAAGAGAGCUACUUGAAUACGCUCCAGCAGGGAAGUUUAGAGACAGUCACAGGCAGCAUCCAAAAAAUGAUUGAUUUUCUCUUGUUAUUGGAGAGAAACUCUGUUCUGGAAGCUGAGACUUGGCCUCUGAAUAAAUUUAUUAGGCCACUGCUGUCCAAGGCUUUCCCGUGGAUAAAAUCAUCUGAAUUGGUGGAUGGUGUGAAGCUUUUGUCAGUUUCAGUAUCGGUGUUUGGACCGAGAAAGAUAGUUCCAGCACUUAUUGGUGGUGUAGAAACUUCUACCCUUCCCUCUGAUGACGAAGGGAGUGAUAUGAGCCCAGAGAAGUUUAUUAAAGUUUUUCAAGAAAUCUUUAUUCCCUGGUGUAUGGAUGGACAUGGCUCUUCGACUGCAGCUAAACAAGAUCUCUUGCUUUCAUUACUUGACGAUGAAUGUUUUACUCAGCAGUGGAGUGCUGUAAUUUCUUAUGUAUUUGAUCAACAACAUCAGGGAUUUAAUAACGUUGCUUCAAUGGAAAUGCUUUUAGAGAAAGCAAGGGAUGAAAUUACAAAAAGAAGUUCUGGGCUGAAGCAAAGAAUAGGCUCUAGGCCAGACGAUUGGCAUCACAGUCUCAUAGAAUCAACUGCUAUAGAUCUUGUCCACUCCUCCCCAAUGACUACAACCUCUUCUGCUCAGUUCGUGUGUUCAGUUCUGGGUGGUUCAACGGAAGACAGCUGUAUUUCUUUUGUGUCAAGAAGCUCGUUGGUCUUGAUAUAUAGAGGGAUCCUCGAAAGGCUGCUUUCUUUUAUCAAACAGUCACCAUUAUGUUCAGUCAAUGAUACUUGUUCCUCCCUUAUCGCUGAGGCUGUUGAUAUAGAGUUUGAUUUGAGCCGUUCCGGAGACGCGGCCACGGUGGCUAAGUUUGCAGCAGAAGUUAUUGAUGGUAGUUUCUUCAGUUUAAAGGCUCUGAAUCAAGAUGCCACUCUACUUUCAACGAUUCUGUCUUCCAUCUUUAUCAUUGACUUGGAGAAUAAAUUAUCGUCACUUGUGGACAGUACUCAUGAGUUUAAAGAGAAGAAAAAGGAUCGAAAUCUUGUGUGUGGUUUUGUUCAUGCUGUUUGCUCUAAGAUGAAUAAUCAGUUCUGGAAAUCUAUAAAUUAUGACGUCAGGAAGAGUACAGCAAAGAUUCUGGCUCAGUCCAUACGAUCAGUUGUUCAACUUGAGGAUGAUCUGCAACCUUGUCAACUUACGUUACUGUGUGCUUCAUGGAUCACCGAGGUAUUUGAGUAUCUUUCGUUGGAUCAAACUGAUGAAGAAAAUAUAUGUUGGCUGCUCCUGCUUGAGAGUGAUGUAUGGCCUAUGUGGAUCAGCCCCAGCUCGUUAGCUAGCAUUAGUACGCAUGACAUGCCUGCUCAUUUGUAUGAAUUGAGGACAGCCAAGAGUCAAAGAUUUGUUUCUUUCAUUGAAAGCCUGAUCAGGAAGAUGGGGAUUCACCGAUUUCUUGUUGGCCACAAAGAUAAUGGGUUAUCCUCUCAAGCUUGGCUUUCCGCAGAAAUACUCUGCACGUGGGAGUGGCCAGGGGGUAGUGUUCAAACUUCUUUCCUGCCAGCGUUCGUCUCAUUUUGUAAGAGUGAACCAGAGAGGGCAGAUUUACUAAACUCCAUUUUUGAGAUUCUACUGAAUGGUGCCCUUGUGCAUGGAGAGGAAGAAGAGGAUGAGAGAGAGAGCUCCGGGAAUAUGUGGAUUGAAUUGAACAAUCACAUAGAGGACGUCGAAGAACCUUUUUUGAGGGCUCUAGUGUCAUUGCUUAUCACUUUGUUUAAGGAGAGCCUUUGGAAAGAAGAAGAAGCCAUGUCUGCUUUCAAAAUGGUCACAGAUAAGCUCUUCAUAGGGGAAGAGACGAGCAAAAACUGUUUGAGAAUCCUUCCUUUCAUUAUGAGCAUAAUAAUUUCACCAUUACGUACAACAACUAAAUUUGGUGUUUCUGGUGAAGACACUGCACUGCCAUUGGAAGUUUUCCUUAAAGGUUGGCUAGAAAGGUCUUUGUCGUUUCCUCCUAUGGUCCUCUGGCAAAGUGGGGAAGAUAUGCAGGAUUGGUUUCAGCUUGUUAUCUCUUGUUAUCCCGUGAAUGAAAUAGUUGAAGAAGUUAAGGCACCACAGACGCAUGUGAGCAAUGAAGAGAGAACACUUCUGCUAAAUUUGUUUCGCAAACAAAGGCAAGUUCCUGGUGCAUCAAACGUAGUUACCCAACUUCCAACUGUCCAAAUUCUUCUGGCAAGACUAAUAGCCGUUGCAGUUAGCUACUGUGGAAACGAUUUUAUUCAGGAAGACUGGGAUUUUGUCUUUUCUAAUUUGAAACGACUGAUUCAGUCUGCAGUAGUUGUGAUGGAGGAAACUUCUGAGAACGUCAAUGAGUUCAUUAGUGGUGUUUCUUCAAUGGAGAAGGAGAUUGAUACUCUUGAGGGACUUGGGCAUAUUGUUUCUAUAUCGGAUCCUUCUUUAGACAAUGCCAAGAAUGCUCUCUCAGCAUUCUCCUUACUUAGUGCAUUAGUAAAACAUAAAUCGGUCGAAGGUGAAGACAAUUUGAGUUCUUUGGCAGAUGAAAUUUGGGACCCGGUUAAAGAUCGGAUACUUGAAGGUGUUCUGCGUAUUUUCUUUUGCACCGGACUUGCUGAGGCUAUUGCUGCUUCAUAUUCCCCAGAGGCAGCAUCUCUUGUUGCUUCAUAUCGAGUUGAUCAUUUGCAAUUCUGGGAGUUGGUGGCUCAGCUUGUUGUAGACUCUUCUUCACGUGCAAGAGAUAGAGCUGUAAGAGCGGUGGAAUUUUGGGGUCUAAGCAAGGGAGCUAUAAGCUCUUUGUAUGCAAUAAUGUUCUCUUCCAAACCAAUCCCUUCCUUGCAACGAGCUGCAUACAUUGUUUUGUCGACCGAACCUAUUUCCAGGCUCGCCAUAGUUGCUGAUGGGAAUGCGUCACCCAGUGAUGAGUCACUUAGUGAUCAGGACUCCAGCAACGUUCCACCUGAAGAAAACCUACGGCUAAGAGAUGAAAUAUCGUGUAUGGUUGAGAAGUUAGAUUAUGAACUUCUUGAUACGGAUUUAAUUGCGCCAGAACGGGUGCAAACAUUCCUGGCAUGGUCUUUGUUACUCUCGCAUGUUAACUCUCUACCUGCACUAACACAAGGACGAGAGAGACUGGUGCAGCAUAUAGAGAAAACUGCAAAUCGAUUGAUAUUAGAUAGUCUUUUCCAGCAUAUUCCUUUAGAACUAUACAUGGCACAGGGCUUGAAGAAAAAAGAUGGGGAUAUUCCGUCUGAUCUUUCGGUGGUAGCAUCUGCAGCAACUCUUGCGAUUACAACGGGUUCGUCCAUGUCAACCGUUGAGUCACUUUGGCCCAUUGAAACCGUAAAAAUGGCUUCGCUUGCUGGAGCGAUAUAUGGUCUGAUGCUACGUGUCCUUCCAGCUUAUGUUAGAGAAUGGUUUAGCGAAAUGCGUGAUCGAUCUGGAUCAUCUUCAAUUGAAGCAUUUACAAGAUCGUGGUGCAGCCCUUCUUUAAUCAUGAACGAACUGUCUCAGAUAAAGAAGGCAGACUUUAAUGAUGAGAGCUUCUCAGUCAGCAUAAGUAAAUCGGCUAAUGAAGUGGUUGCUACAUAUACAAAGGAUGAAACCGGGAUGGAUCUCGUGAUCCGUCUUCCAGUUUCUUACCCACUCAGGCCUGUUGAUGUCAAUUGCACAAAAAGUAUUGGAAUAAGCGACGCAAAGCAGAGGAAGUGGUUGAUGUCUAUGCAGAUGUUUGUCCGUAAUCAGAACGGGGCAUUAGCGGAGGCGAUAAGAAUAUGGAAGAGGAACUCGGACAAGGAAUUUGAAGGAGUAGAGGACUGUCCGAUAUGUUACAGUGUGAUCCACACAGUAAAUCACAGCCUUCCAAGGCGGGCUUGCGUGACAUGCAAAUACAAGUUCCACAAAGCAUGUUUAGACAAGUGGUUCCUCACGUCUCAUAAGAAAGUCUGCCCCUUGUGCCAAUCUCCUUGCUGAUUGAACAACGGGAGCUGAGGUUACCUUUUGUGACAUUAGCGUGCGAGUUUUGCUUUAUAUCCCAAACACUCUUCUUACUUUUUAGGGCUUUGCGGAGGAACGUAGGUUGCAUUGAUAUACAGAGAUUUUACAGAAUAGUGUGUUGAGUUUUGUUUCACGGAAUGAAUAAUGAUUCUGUAUACAUACAUGUGGAAGAUUAAGAAAAGGAUAAUAAUAGAACUUUUUUUAUGUUCC